AUGCUGAGGCAUCUCAGCAGGGCGACAUUGACGCGAGGUCAUGCGUUCGCCACCGGUGCCGCGACGCCGCGCAUCGCCAUCUGCGGCGCGGGCGUUUCGGGACUGACGCUCGCCGGCAUUCUGUCGAACGGCACGCGCGACGUCCAACUCACGGUCUUCGAACGAGCGCGGCGCGACCGCGACCAGGGCUACGGCCUGGACCUCGACGAGCACGGCCAAGAGGCGCUGGUGCGCGCGGGCGUCUACGACCGCUACUGGGACAUUUCCUACCCGUAUUCCGACACCGCGGUCGGCUACCAGUUCAGCGGCGGCGAGCCGCUCUUGAACAUCUUCUGGCCGAGACUGACGAUGAGGCUAUUCCCAGAGAGCAGUGCCGCGAGGCCCGAAACGAACCGCGGCGGUCUCCGGGACAUUUUGCUCGACGCGCUCGCGGCGCGCGGGAACACGGAAGUGCACUACGAGCGCGGUGCCUGGGACUGCCGCCGUCUGCCGCGAGGUCUCGGGCGGCUAGGUGCGGGCGGCGCCGAGCUCCUCGAUCGCGAGGGGAAGACCCUGGGUGAAUUUGAUCUCGUGAUCGACGCGAUGGGCCUGCACUCGCCGCUGCGGGAUCCUGUGUGGAAAUCAAAUUUCGGGCGCAUUUCUCAGGAUAACCUAACUCACUGCUUGAUUUUCACACAGGCGGGAUCUGCGCGUCGUCGACUCGGUCGGCAAGCACUACGUGGGCGAGAUGUUGAUUCAUGGCGUGAUCAACGAUAUUGGAAAAACGUGUCCGUCGGUCGCGCAACGGAUGGAUCGGUUCGGGACGUGUUUCACGCUGGGACGCGGGUACCAUGUCACGAUGCAGCGUUUCGGCGCGGGCGCCGACGACAAGCGCACGUGCUUGUUUUAUCACAUCAACCGCCCCGACGGCGAAGGAGGGGUAUUGCGGGAGAUGGGCAUCGACAAGCCUACCUCCCGUUCCACCGGCAUCUUCACGGGCGACAAGCUGCGCGCCGCGAAGGAGUGGAUUUUACAAGAUAUGCACGAGUCCUUCGACGAGGUGUGGCGCGACGCGAUACGCGGGUUAGAACGAGUCACCGUUCGCGGCAAGUACAUGCACGGCGACGAUACCAAGUUACGCGAGGGGCUGACCCUGCCGCUCGUGUGCAUCGGCGACGCGCCGCGCAACUGUGGCGUCGGCGGCUGUGUGGAAAUCAAAAUUUUACGGCGAGUUCGUGCUGAAUCAUCGCGUCGUCCUCCACGCCAUCGACGCGACGCCUGCUCGAUGGCGUGGAGAUGCCGGUUCCUCACCGCUCGACCGAGCCAGGACGGCCGCGCCAUCGCCGAGCACCCGAGGCACUGGUUGAUUUCCACACAGGUCGGCGGUGGCGGCAACCUGGCCAUGCAGGACGCGAACGAGCUCGCGACAAUUCUGGAGGCCGACGACGCCUUCGACGAGGCGACGGGCGCAGUCAAUCUCCCACCUCUGCGCGCCGGCGAGGCCAUCAUGUUCGAGCGCAAGGAAGAGUUCCACGUCGAACGGCUGAAGCCUCCCAUGAACACGCGCGAGAUGGUCGAGGCCCGGGGCCGCGGGCCCUUGUCUCCCCCCGGCGUCCAAUAGUAACGAUUGCUCCGCGUCGACGGCGUCGAGCCGACGCGACCACUUCCCCCGCGCAGCGACUGGGAGGAUUUCCGCGAGUUUAACCCCUUACCCUCGUGGGUGCCGUUCCCCGUGGCGCGGUUCGCGGUCAAGCGCUUCGCGGCGCUCACGAAGGCCUGGUACGCGUGGGAGCGCAAGCGCGGCGGCGGCGGCACUUGCAAAGGCAAUGCCCCUAUCUACGCGAGCGUCGAGAGGCUACUUGCCGAGCAGAAGAAGUAAGUA